AUGGAAGUGCCUACGGUCUCCAUCACUCUCAAUCCUGCUAUAGACUUCAUAGAAGAAUGCACAGACCCCGGAGUCAUCGUUGCCAUUGUUGAACUGGAACCCAAAACUUUUAGGCUGUGCCAACACAACCCUGUCUUCUGUAAGAAAAACAAUCCUCCUGUCAAAGAAAAACAGGCCUCCCUGAAGCUGGAAAUUCUCUUAAAAGAGAUCUCACAUAUUCUCCAAGCUGUAACCUCUUAUGAAGACAUGGGCAAUACCAACGUGAAAGUCAAAUCAUGCGAGAAAGGCUGCUGCUUCUAUACCAGAAGUCUUUCUAAUGAUGCCUCCUCUGUUGAUGAGAAGGUCAGAGAACCCGAUAAGCUAAACAAAGUGCUUGUGAAAAACCUCACUGGUGUAGAAAAAGAGAAGACUCUGAAAAAGCAAGAGAAGAUGUGGAAAAGCCAGAAUACCAAGGAUUCAAAAUCCAUUUCUGUUAGGCAGUCGAGGAGCGAUUCUGAACCCAUCAACACCUACAUUGAAGCUCAAGAAAGCAAGACAAAAGUGAAGCAAAGAUCCGCAAGUGAUGGCGAAGACAAUACGGAUGUGGCUCAAAACAUGGAGCAGUUACUUCAGGAGGUAGAGCACUGGUAUACCCAGCACACGGAGCUAAAUGAACUCAUCAAGACGUAUCAGAAAUCUCAGAAAAACCUCAAAACGACUCCGAGCAAUCCGGGAAUCUCCCCAACUAGUUCUCACCACAAGUCAACCAAACUAGAAGAGGAGGUCAAUAAGCUGAAAAACGAAACCUAUUCUCUCAACUUGUUUGCAACAAUGCUGGACAAUGAAUGCCGGAUCUUACAGCAGAGAAUAGAGCUCUUCAAGGAACUUCACCAAGGUUGGGACGAGAAACUACCACAGAAAAGUCCAGAAUUGAAGAAGGACCAGGCAUCUUCAGAAACAGAGAAGGAAAUCUAUCACACCUUUCAUAAAGUACAAGAAACCAAGGGCGCCUACCCCAAAAAAGAGAGAGUCUGUGCGAGCCUGGACUUUUGCUGUGAUAAGAAAGCCUGUAACAACCAGUUGAAUUUGCGCAUUGCAAGAAAAGUUUUAUGGGGAAGAAAAAGGCAUCCCAGUAAUAAUCUAAAAUAG